CCCCGCCAGCGAACCGCCACUCUGCCCAGGGAUGGGGAGCAGCGGAGGCGGCGGUAAGCCGCCGGCGUGGGAGUUCAACGCGACGGGGCCGCGCAACCUCUCCAACCCCAGCUGGAGGGACCUCAUCCGCUCCAACUGGAAAAAUCCCAACUACAGAAGAAUUGCAAUUUCGUGUUUCGUGCAGGCCGCAUAUGUACUGGAGUUUGACAGGCAAGAGAACAGAACUGGUUCAACUGCCAUUGCUCCUAACUGGUGGAAGCCAUUUAAAUACAAGUUGGUAUGCCCUCUGCUCGAUUCCAGAGAUGGAUCAAUAUAUGGGGCACUUCUAGAAUGGGACCAGCUUGCUGCCCUAUCGGACUUGAUAAUGCUGAGACCUAAUGGUGCUCCGAAGGCUGUCCUGGCACUGAGGGGAACGGUACUAAAGCAGUUGACUGUUGCGAGAGACUUGGAGGAUGACCUCAGGUUCUUUGCUCAGGAGAGCUUGAGGGGUUCUGUGAGGUACGCCGGAGCACUGGAGUUGCUCCAGUCGGCAAUCAAUAAGCAUGGAAGCAACAAUGUGUGCAUUGCAGGGCAUUCCCUGGGGGCCGGAUUUGCUAUGCAGGUUGGUAAGACCUUGGCGAAGGAUGGAGUCUUUGUAGAAUGCCAUUUGUUUAACCCACCAUCAGUGUCACUUGGCAUGGGUUUGAGGAAACUUCAGGAGAAAGCCGACAAGGUUUUGAAGCGAUACAUCAGUGGCAGCUCCUCAAAUGCCAGUGAAAUUUCUCGGCCGGGAGACAAGGGGGAAAUUGUCUCUGAAAUUGGAGAAGAAAAACUGAUCAAGGAGGUGAAGAGAUGGGUGCCGAACCUGUACAUCAACAACUCCGACUACAUUUGCUGUUUCUAUGUUGACCGUAGUGGCGUAGCCACUGUUACUACUGAGAAGCGCGGCGAUGGUCACGCUCAGGCACGUGCCAAGGUGUUUGUGAUUGCGAAAGGACCACAGAAGUUUCUAAAAGCUCAUGGGUUGCAGCAAUGGUGGUCGGAUGAUUCUGAGCUCCAUCUGGCUGUGCAUGAUAGCAAGCUCAUGUACAGGCACCUAAAAUCCUUGUAUGUAAAACAAGCGUAGCAAAAAUAAACUGCAUGGUGAUGUCGGUCCCCUGUUCUUUAGUCAAGUAAGCUUUUAGAUCUUUGAAGGGCUCCAGUUCAUGCAGACCUUUGUCAGUUUUUCCUUUUCUGAGGUGCAACCCUUUCUUAGUUGUGUCGUCGCAUAGGACUGUUCCAUAUAUCUACAUUAAUUGUGCAUAUGAAAUGCCAGUCUUGCAUUGUACCUUGAA